GUUACCCUCGGGCGGGGCGAUAAACCUUGUAGGAAAAAUCCCAAUCCGAUCGGACGAUGGCGAAAUCCUCCUUCCACCUUUCAACUUGACACCUUUUCCUCCCUCACUCCUUCCUCUCCUCCCAAACAUCAGCAAUUGGGUGCUAGCAUCUCGCAUCCAUGGCUUCGACUACUAAGCCCGUCGUACCCCCGGUGGCGCUGGAUACCAUCACCCAGCACAUCGGCAACACCCCCUUGGUCCGCCUGAACCGUCUGCCCCGCAGCUUGGGAAUCGAUGCUACCGUCUACGCCAAGUUGGAGUACUUCAAUGCCGGUGGUAGUGUGAAGGAUCGCAUUGCCCUGCGCAUGAUUGAAGAAGCUGAGCGCGAGGGUCGUAUCAAGCCUGGCGAUACUCUGAUCGAGCCGACAAGUGGCAACACUGGUAUCGGUUUGGCUCUGGUCGGUGCUGUCAAGGGCUACAAGACCAUCAUUACUCUGCCUGAGAAGAUGUCCGCCGAGAAAGUCGCCGUUCUCCGUGCCCUCAACGCAACCAUCAUCCGCACACCCAAUGAGGCUGCCUGGGACUCGCCCGAGUCCCACAUCGGUGUUGCCAAACGCCUGCAGAAGGAAUUGCCCAACGCUCAUAUCCUCGACCAGUACGGCAACGUGAACAACCCCAACGCUCACGAGUUCGGCACCGCCGAGGAGAUCUGGGCCCAGACCAAGGGCGAGAUCAAGGCCAUCGUGGCCGGCGCGGGAACCGGUGGUACCAUCACCGGUAUCGCUCGCGGCUUGAAGAAACACAACCCCAACGUCGAGGUCAUCGCAGCCGAUCCCCACGGCUCCAUUUUGGCCCUUCCCGAGGCCCUGAACGAAGCGCACGUUAACGAGCCCUACAAGGUUGAGGGUAUUGGUUAUGACUUCAUUCCCGAUGUGCUGGAUCAGAAGAUCGUGGAUCGUUGGUAUAAGACUGCCGAUAAGGAAUCUUUCCAGUACUCGCGUCGCUUGAUCGCCGAGGAGGGUCUGCUUGUUGGUGGUAGCAGUGGCAGUGCUAUUGCUGCUCUGGUGCAUGCUAACGAGGAGCGCAAGUUCGCCAAGGACGAUGUGGUUGUUGUUGUGCUCCCGGACAGUAUCCGCAGCUAUCUCUCUAAGUUUGCCGACGACGAUUGGCUCGCUGCUAAUGACCUCCUCGCAACGCUCCCUACCGAACCCGCCCAGCCCGCUCAGCCCACCGCUGCUGCCGACCCCCUGGCCGGCGCCAAGGUCAGCGCUCUCCGUUUGAAGCCCAUCACCACCGUGACCUCCACCUCCGCCUGCGAAACCGCUAUUGAGACCAUGCGUGAUAAGGGCUUCGACCAGCUGCCCGUCCUUGCCCCAUCCGGUCGCCGUCUCGUCGGCCUGGUUACCCUGGGUAACGUUCUCAGCCGCCUGACCCAUGGCCGUGCCACCGGCAAGACCCCCGUCUCCGAGGUCAUGUUCGACUUCUCCAAGAUUCCAGAGGUCGUCACCGACGCCCGCUCCCUAGGCCGAUCCAAUGGUGCCGGUGUUCGUCGCCAGUUCAUGGAGAUCACGAUGGAGACUCCCCUCAAUGUGCUGAACCGCUUCUUCGAAUGGAACAGCGCUGCCAUCGUCACGGAGAAGGACCAGAGUGGUGCACUGAAGCCGCUUGCUAUCGUGACCAAGGUCGACCUGCUCACUUGGAUGCUGCACCACGGUAAGGCCAACGGUGCAUAGAUGAAAUGAUAUUUUGACGACUUGCCCGGGGUAGCAUGGUUUACUAUCGGGCCCACCUGCAUUACGCAAGGUACGCAAGGUACUUAUGUGGAUGGAGUUUCAACAUCCCUGAAUUUUUGAAUGAUUCUAUUUGUGUUUUUUGGUUGGCAAUGGCGUUUCUCUCUCAGGGGGCUGGAAUGCCCUCCGAUUCGGUUCAACACAACUUGUGGUGGAGAGUAAGUCUCUUAUAGAUUAUGCGACGCGGAUAAAACGCGUUCAAUCUCUACAUAAUAUACAGCCUCUAUAGAUUCUUGUUCAAUCGAUAUAGACAAGAUUAAACCUGUUUCCAAAACAUAAUUCUUUCGGUGG